AUGGCAACAAUUUCCAUGGCUAGAAUUGUCCCCAUUAUAAUUUCCAAAUUCAUCAUCCUCACCCUCCUCUCUCCCUUUGCCAUUGUUCAUGCUACAAAAGAGAAUCAAGGGUUUUUACGAACCCUAGACCGCAAGCUACAUGGGUUCAAGAAAGAAAAGCUAACCCAUUUUCGUGCUUAUUGGCAUGAUACUUACAGUGGCUCCAACCCCACAGCCAUGCCCGUUGUGAGACCACCUUCCAACGCAUCAGCAACUCUCUUUGGUUCUAUUAGCAUGAUUGACGAUCCAUUGACAGAAGGGCCAGGAGUAGGCUCAAAAUUGAUAGGAAGAGCUCAAGGGUUAUAUGGAUCAGCAUCGCAAGCAGAAAGUGCCCUGUUCAUGGCCAUGAACUUUGUGUUCCUCGAAGGCAAGUAUAAUGGUAGCACCAUUAGCAUACUAGGAAGGAACCAGGUUUUUUCAGAGGUACGAGAGAUGCCGGUCAUCGGAGGUAGUGGGCUUUUCCGGUUUGCAAGAGGAUAUGCUCAUGUCAAGACUGUUAGUUUCAAUACAAAGACAGGAGAUGCUGUCGUUGAGUACAAUGUUUAUGUGUUACAUUAUUGA